AUGUGUGCCUCGGAGAUGGCCGGCGCGUCAUUUUUGGAUAGGAUGGUUUCCCAGCUUCGGUCGACAUCCAAGUACUACACUGGAUAUCCCAAGGAUCUAGGGCCAUCAAGAAUCAUACCGUUCACAUCAGAGCGUCAGUUUGUGCAGCUAUUACAUGAAGGACGGCCUGUAGUUGUGGCCUUUACCAUUAAGUGCACUUAUACACAGCAUCUUGACAAAGUACUGGAGGAAGCUGCUGCUGCAUUUUAUCCUCAUAUAAAGUUUGUUCGGGUGGAAUGCCCAAAGUAUCCUGGGUUUUGCCUCACGAGGCAAAAGACUGAGUAUCCAUUUCUUGAAGUAUUUUACAACCCAGAACAGGCUGCUAACCCAGGUAAGAUGGUGGAUCCGAGCAUCACGAAAUACUCUGCAAAAGUCCUACCUUUCAACUAUGACCAGAGCGUGUAUGGAUUUCGAGAGUAUUUUAACAAGUACGGGUUCAAGUAUUCCGAAGCAAACUAG